GGCUGAGUAAUGGCUGCGACCAUGCUGAACAAAUGCUGCCUCUCAAUCAAUCAGACAUUACAGCGUAACCAGUUAGUUUAACCACACGAGCCAUGGCUAGUCGGUUUUCCAAUGUGACACAUUCUUUCAGGAAGACGUUUACCCUGCCUGACAUGGACAUGGUCAAAUGGUUUCCUGGACACAUGCAGAAAGGGGUUUUAAAAGUGCAACACAUGCUGAAAAACAUUGACUGCGUUAUCGAAGUUCAUGAUGCUAGAAUUCCAUUUUCUGGACGGAACCCUCGUUUUAAUGACAUCAUAUCUCUCCGUCCCCACAUCCUUGUUUACAACAAAAUGGACUUGUGCAAUUUAAAAAAGAAACAUCUGAUACUUUCAAAGUUAAAAUCCGAAGGCGUUGACAAUGUGAUGUUUACUCAGAGCACAGUGUCUACUAAGAAUACUGCUAUGUCAAGAGAUCUGUUUUCAUUGGUGACUAAAGCCAUCGAAGCGAGAUCCAGGUAUCAUAGAGCGGAGAUUAAUGAGUUCAACUUACUGGUACUAGGAGUACCGAAUAUAGGAAAAUCCACAUUUCUAAAUUACUUGAGGAGAUUGAACACUACACACCACAAAAAAGCUGCUUCAGUUGGAGCUAUCGCCGGCGUUACGAGGUCAGUGGGGAAUAAAGUGAGGGUGAACUUUGAUCCGCCAAUCUUUCUUACUGACUCCCCCGGAAUUCUGACCCCUACUGUACCGAAUAUCCAUGUGGGGAUGAAGCUUGCACUGUGUGGAUGUAUGCCCGACCAUUACGUAGGGGAAGAAUAUAUUGUGGACUAUAUGUUAUACUGGAUGAACAAGCAACAACAGUUUGAUUACGUGAAAUAUUUUGAACUCAAGGAACCAAUAGAUGAUGUGAUGCCAUUUUUAAAACAUGUGGCUCUGAAGAAUAAAAUGAUUAAAAAGAUCAAAUCCACCGAAACACGUCAGUAUGUGCAUAUACCAGACUUCAGUGCUGCUGCUAACAUUGUCAUCAAGUCAUUCCGCAGCGGAAAGUUGGGGAAAUUUAUGUUGGAUGAUGACCUUCUUUGAUAUUAACAUGAUAUGUCAGAUUUGUUGUCUCAAAUGUCAGAUGACUAACCCUAUGCAAUGUGGGUGUUGUGUACAGCUAUGGGUGUUAGGUAUGCAUGGGGACCGGAGAAAAUUACUUCCAUUAUCUGGGGAUGAAUCAUUUUCAUCAGACAUACAGGAUUUAUUAUUUGCAUUCUUUUGUGACUCACUAACAAGAAACUUGCUUUGUUAUCAUGUUAUAUAUAUACCUAUGCAAAUAUAUUUCUUCUGGUACAAAAAGCAUUUUAUUCCUUUAGAAAGUUGUGAUAUAUAUACAUAAACCUAUGGAUGUAUGUAUACUAUAUGAGUGCUAGGGUUGGCCAUGGGGUGCCCAAGGUUAAACCCCUAGCCACAACAAACUUUCAUUUGACAACAUAUAUGUGUUUCCGGUAUCAGUAUAUCUUUCACUUAUUAUGCAGUUUCUUUUGGUGAAAGAAAAGAAAAUAAAUUUUAAAAGUGAUGGCUGCAAAAACUGUUUUUUUCUGGUUUUUAUUAAGAAAUGAA